GGCUACCGAACGUGACAUACAUUCCUAAACAAGCGUCCAAAAAAGCUAAAAAUGAAGUUGAUACUGGUAGCUCUCGCUGUCGUUUUGCUAGUAAGCGAAGUCCAUGGUUUCUUCAGUGACUUUAUGGGUGGACGAGGAAAUGGAGGUCAAGGUGGUUGGGGACCACCCCCAUUCAGACCACCUAGAGGAGGUCCACAUAAUAUGUUUCCCAAAUGCAAAGAUUUCAUGAAAGAAGUUCACGAUAAAUUGAGAGAAAAUGGAAGUGGACCUCGAAGUUGCAGGAAUGCCCAAGAUUAUGAUGAUUGCAAAUGGCAGGAACUGAUGAAUGCCAGAAAGAACGUCAAUUCAAAGCCAUCGAAAGAAUGCAUGGAUCAAGUGCAUAAGUUCAUGAACGGAACUCCAGAUGAUGGAAAGUCAGAAGAAUGAGAUUCAGUGGAAAGCUUUGAAUUUAUAUUUUACAUUUAAUAAUGCCAUUUUUAAUAAUUGCUUUUCGAUUAUCAGCAUUCUGAAUUUUAUUUUCUGUUCGAAAUAAAUUUAUUUUACUGAUUGAAAA